AUCACCAGUCAGUUAUUCAGACUUACUCGCUGAGAUGGAGAGAUCAAGACUUACUGUUACCGUGCUUAUAUAUGGUUUACUUUUCAAUCAAAAAAUCUAUGGAGCAGAGAUCGAGCUGAAGGUCAGACCAGGAGACAACAUCACUCUCAUCUGUGACCGUCCUUUAACUCGUGGUUCCAUCAUUGCAUGGAUAAGAAACUGCUCUCAUGAAAAUCAACCCUCUCUCAUAAUAGAUCAAAAGACAAUGUAUAAAAACAACUUACCUCGUUUCAGCUUUCUUCAAAACUCCAACAUUAAAUCUUUAGAUCUACAUAUUAUUAACGUUAAAGUCUUUGAUCUGGGACUGUACUACUGUGCUGAAUAUGAAAGAAAAUUAAAUGAAGAUAAAAAUGGCAUUACAUACACAUCUGAAGUGUACUAUUAUGGAAACCAAACAACACGUCUCUCUCUCGCUGAGCCAGUAACUGCCAGUUCUGGACCCUCCAGCACUGUCUCUCCUCCUCCUGUAUCAGACUGUUUUCUCUGCUGGACGCUGCUCUUCAGUGUGUGUCCUGUGUGUGUUCUCCUCUCCUCCAUCUGUGUGUACUGUCUCUGUCAGAAGAAAACUACAGGUGGUGGAACUGAUCACAAAGAAAACCAAAGAAGUAGAACUACUCCUGAGGGUGGAGAUGAUGAUGAGGUGUGUUAUGCUUCCUUGGAUGUGAUAACCAGAAGACCAAUGCGACUCAAGAAGAAGCAGAGUUCUGACUUUAGUACAUAUGCUCCGGUCAGAACAGACACAGUACAGCACUUCUGAUGGUUAAAAAGAACGCAGGUGCCUUUUUCAUUAAAACCUUCUGACUGAAACCACUAAUUUCAUAUCAAUGUUUAAAAAAGCAGUAUAUGAGACAUUUAAGCUUGUAUACCUCACAAAGUCUCUUGUCUGGUUCUUGACGUCUGUUCAGAGGUGAUCUCACAGUAUUCUUCCCCGGUAUAUUUCAGUUGUGUCUUUCAUGCUCAUAGAUUUUUCAGACUGUUGUUAUGGUGUGCCGUGGCAUCUGACCCUCUUUCACUGUGUGUUGGUGGAUAUACUGUAUCUUUAAUUCUGUGAUUAAACAGAGAUCAAAUUUAAGACCAGAAUAAGAUUGUUCCCCUUUUUAUGAUGUUGUUUUAAAUAUAUUAUAUUAUAGCUUUUGUAGAAGCAAAUGUACAGAGGUGAUGAUGUGAACAACAGGAUGUUAAAGUGGGUUACCUGGGUGCAGUCGAUUAAAGUAUAUAAUGUAUAUUUAUCUUAGAUAAAAGGACACAAACUUUUAUCUGACUAUUUUUUCGAUAAGCACCUAUUGAAUUACAGAACAUAUUGAGACAUGCAAGCAUCCUGCUAUGUAGGUCAAUUUGCCUAACAAACAAAAAGAGAGAAGCAGCUUCUGAGGCAACAUUCGUAUGUCCAGAAGUGCUUUAAAAAUAUAUGAAUUCUUUUUGCUUUUUCUCAUAUUUUGGAUUUGCGAACUAUAAAUUAUAAAUAAGGUUUAAAUUAUAAAUAAGAAUUAACCAAAGUCAUUUUACUUUUAAUUGUUUAGUGCAGGUUAAAGAUUUCACAGUGAAGCUUCGGAGAUCUUCAAAUGUUACUUUUGCAUAAUUUCACCAGCCGUGUUGGCGAAGGGUCUUUUAUUCUCAGUAUAGAUGAUCUUAACCACAAAUGUUUCCACUCAAGUUCAAUGCACAUGAGACAGAAAUAGACAGGACGUUGUGUGUGAAGGUGUAAAUGCUUGCUCAUGUGAUCAGUUUGUGGUGGAGUUGGUUUGUUUGCAUGCCGUGUCUGCACCUUUACACUUUCUUAUGUUUGAAAAACCACAACAUCAUUACAUUUAUGGAGAAAUGGGUGUAGGUUAUUGGAAAAAACAUUGAUAGCCUAGCUGUCACCGUGCAACAUUGAGACAGACACUGUGAGCAAACACACACAUAGUACACCCAUAUAAAAACACGUACUUGCCUUCAUGCGCCGUCCGAUAGCCGGCUUGAAAAGGUAUACAAGGACUUGUGUUGUGAUAAGUGUAUGGUGAAUAUAUGUUUGAUGUGAAUGUUUAUUGUUUUGCUUCAUGUUGCUAUAUGUACCUG